AAGACCUGGCUCACGCACCCACAAAAACGUCCGGCACUUUUAAUUUUGUAAUCGCUGUGUAAUAAUCCUUUUUCGUGGCGUCUGGAUCCAUUGCGACUUCUUAAAAUUGGGCCUAUCCCUUACCACGUUUCAACAAAAAUACUGUUCUAAAAAUAACCUCUGCAUAACGAGGAAGUGGAUACCACAGGUAACAACAGGACCAAGAUGGCGGAUAGGAAAGCGGCGCUAGCAAAACUUUUAAAAGUUCCAGGAAAUGAAGUGUGUGCCGACUGUGGACUUGAAAAUCCUGAAUGGGCAUCCUAUAACAUAGGCGUGUUUCUAUGUGCAUCCUGUGCUGGAGUACACCGCAGUUUGGGCUCUCACAUCAGUAAAGUUCGAUCACUGACAUUGGAUAACUGGGAUGAUGAACAGAUCAAGAAAAUGGAAGAAGUGGGAAACCUCAGAGCCAAAGAGAAGUAUGAACAGAUGGUUCCACCAUCAUACAGACGACCAAAUACCAAAGAUGUACAAGUUCUACGUGAACAGUGGAUCCGGGGCAAAUAUGAGCGCAUGGAAUUCACAAAUCCUGAAAAGCAGACAUACCUUAGUGGGUAUAAGGAGGGCUAUCUGUGGAAACAAGGCAAAGAUGACAGCAAAUUUAUGAAGAGGAGAUUUGUGCUGUCAGAGAAUGACAACAAACUGGUCUAUUUUAACAAAGAAAAUGCCAAGGAGCCUAAAGCAUCCCUCAGACUUGACGAGAUCAAUGCAAUAUUUGUGCCAGACAAGAUUGGCAACUUGAAUGGGUUGCAGGUUACAUAUGAUAAGGAAGGCACAACCAGGAGUCUGUUUUUAUAUGCAGAAGAAGGCAAGGACAUCGUGGACUGGUAUAAUGCUCUUAGAGCAGCAAAACUGAAUCGUCUCAGGAUUGCGUUUCCAUUGAGUCAUAUUGAUGAGUUGUCUCAGCAGCUGACCAGAGACUUUGUCAAAGAAGGCUGGUUAUUUAAGCAAGGACCAAAUGCCAAAGAUGCAUUCAGGAAGAGGUGGUUCACACUGGACAAGAGGAGGCUUAUGUAUUCUGAAAAUCCACUGGAUGCCUUUCCAAAAGGUGAAGUCUUUAUAGGAAACAAGGAACAAGGAUUUGCUGUACGGGAUGGUGUUCCUCCAGGUCGCCCAGACCAAACCUUUGGCUUUACCCUGAAGACUCCAGACCGCCCUUUUAUUUUGAAUGCAGAGAGUCAACAAGAAAAGGAGGAAUGGAUGAGUGUACUUAAGCAAGUUGUAGAGACACCCUUGACACCACAAGAUUCUAGUGCUGCAGCAGCAGUGGUAAGGAAAAGAGCAAACUCUGCUCUAGAUGCUUUUAGUGCUUUAAAAAUAAGGUAACAAAGAAUAAGGCUAAUAACCACAUUAAGGUUUUAUUAAAAAACUGGGUAAAAGGAGGACCACAGAAGAUAGAAGACCCCAUAAGACUUAGCAGUGAUCAUUAUCAGUCUAGUUCCUUGGAUACUUAUUCCUUUGGAGGAAGCUUCAUUGUACAGAUUUUAAAUGUGAAGUAUCCAUCCAAACUAUGGAUUUAGACCGAAAGGUCCAUCAAAAGGAGGUUAUCACAUAUUCUCAGUUAAGUCCAAGUCGAUUGGCUGACCAACUUUUAAGAAAUAAUUGUGUAUUUGGUGACAUUGUGAGAGCAAAAUAUUUUAUAUAACAUUGAUUUUAUAAAUUCAAAUCAUGCCAAAUUGCAAUCAAUUAUUUGGUGUAAUAAUGGAUAUUAUUAGUUUUAAUACCGCCUGGUGUCAUGAUAUGAUAAUAUUUAAUCAAGGAUAAUAUGUAUAAUCAGGCCUUCCCAACU